CCUGCCGCUCUACACAGUCCCGGCAGCACGCACUGCACUGUAGUUGUAGCAACAAAAGAAAAUGCCGCGGCGAACUCGAGUGCUGCUCGUUCUCGCCUUCGCUGCCGCGUUGCUGCUUGCCAGCGGCGGCGCCGCUCCAGAGGCCGGAGGACUCUCGGCUGAGGCGAUGCCGGCCCUGCGCGCGAGCAGCUUCGUGCUGGAGGGCGAGGAGGAGGUGGCGUACCCGCGGAGGAGGGCGCUGUACAGCGGCGGGUUCAUCGACUACGGCGCUCUUACCGCGAGCAAGGCCGCCUGCUAUGGCCCGUGCCCCGCCCGCGGGCAGCCCUACAGCAGCGGCUGCCAGGCCAUAUACCAGUGCCGCGGUUAAGCAGCGCUGCAGUCAGUCGAUUUGUACGUUUCUUGCGUAUGUUGAGGCGCGGUUAUUUGAUCUAGGUGUCAGCCUCUUAUGUUCCUUUUCCAUUUAAUAUUGUUGUGAAAAGAGUUCACUACUCAGUAAGAACAAUUAUUCAUAGUUUGAUUUAGAUUAACUUUUUCCAUAGCGAUUUUAGAGUAACUUGAUGAUCUGGCA